CCUUGGCUUCUCUUUCCUGUCCGAGCUCAGAUUAACGCGGGGACGCGAGGAAGCGCGGAGCUGUUGGUGUAGUAGGAGCCACCACCAUUCCGUGUACCAUCAUCGCAAAAAUUCCAACUUCAGCCAAGCAGGCGCGUCUCUAAACAGAAGACAGUACCGUUUCUUUAACUAUUUGUGUCAUCUUACAAAAGAGAUCAAAACACGUCAAUAUGUCCUGGCAGAGCUACGUGGAUAACCUGAUGGCCGAUGGCAGCUGCCAGGACUCCGCCAUUGUCGGGUACACGGACGCCAAGUAUGUCUGGGCAGCAUCAGUCGGUGGUACUUUCGCCAGCAUAACGCCUCAAGAAAUAGAUGUGAUAGUUGGAAAGGACCGAGAAGGUUUCUUCACCACUGGCAUGACACUAGGUUCAAAGAAAUGCUCUGUGAUCAGAGAUAGCCUUAAUAUUGAAGGUGACUGGACAAUGGACAUCAGGACAAAGAGUCAAGGAGGCGAGCCAACAUACAAUGUUUCUGUAGGCAAAGCUGGCAAAGCAUUGGUUUUAGUCAUGGGAAAAGAAGGUGUCCAUGGAGGGCAACUCAACAAGAAAGCAUUUACCAUGGCUCACUACCUGAGGAAGUCUGGAUAUUAAGCAGCCUGUCCCCAUCCACCUAGCAACUCAUUCUCAUCACCAUCCAGUUGCAUUGGCAGUGCUACCAGACUGUAGCUUCUUUGUUAUUUUCCUUGCAACCCCCCCCAGUCUCUCUCCCCCCCCCACCUUGGUUUCAUUCAUUACCCUUCCCUCUUUGUUCAUUUAGGUGUUUUAACACUUGUAUACCAGUACCAUUGUUGCACCAUAGUUAAUUAGCAUGUUGUUACUUUAAUGUUUAAAAAAAUAUAUAUAUAACUUGGCUGCUGUUAAACCUGGGCACUGCUUUUUGUUAAUGUAUAGAGACUGAAGAACAAGUCAUACCAAAUGAAGGAGGCUUAUGAAGGACAACUACAUUAAAUAAAGUGAACUUUGCAUACGAAGGUGCCGGUAGUACAAUCGUGAAUUGAUCGAUUUAUUUUGAGCACUUUGAGCGGUAACAUGGCUCAUUUAGUCUUCCUUUUCUAGAGCAUGUCUGGGAGGGAAAUUGUGCAUGCAUAUCUCUUGGCUUGUUUAGCUUCUGUUCAUAUUUCCACCCCUUUUCCCUGUUUAGCUGCCCUUGCUUAUUUGUGCAGGUGACCCUCAAAUCACUCCACAAAAUAUGUUGCUUUUGAAUUAUUUUACCAAUUAGGCCUUUUCCUAUGUGAUCACUCAUAACUCCUGAUUUAGAGUUGCAGAAUCCUGCAUCCUAGGCUUUGUAUUGUUGCACUCGUGCAGAAGGGGGGCUCUGAGAGUGGGCUGCUGCCCUGUUUUAGGGUGAGUGCAACUCUAGAAGCUUGUUUCAGAAUGCAGGUUGUGUUGCCUCUCAUUCACAUUAUUGACUUUAUAAUCUCCAUGGACAUUCCAUCAUUGCAAUAGCUCAGGCACUUAAAAGUAUUGUUUGCCAGUUCCUGUAAUGUAUAACUUUUUAUUUUUAAGUAAGGCUGCCAUGAUGGACAGUGGAUAUCCUAAAAGAGCCAUCCUGGAGUGUGUCCAGUUUCAAUUUUUACAUAGGACCAAUUUAAGUUGCAGCUUGGCAUGUAAUAAACACAAACAAAACUGCUGUAAUCAUUUAUGAAGGACUGCUGCCUGCUUCACCCAUAUUCUGAAAGUAAAUGCUAGCUGGUAGUCCACCUGGAUGGUAGGAAGUACUGGUUAUUACCAGCAUAUGGAAUGGCUACAGCAGACUCCUUUGUUGUAACACAUCUUAUAUGUUGCAAAGAAAAGAAAUGAGUUACUGCAUUUGAUCCUCUAAGUCCAGGCUGUGGGAAAGCUGUGGAAUAAAUUGCCUUGUGCUCUAGUCAUCAAAAGUGUGCUGUCAAACUGUCUGUUAAAGCACGGUACUAAAUGUAUGUCCGGUUAGAAAGAAAACUGACAAUUGAAGUUCUGCAUACACUAAAUCAAUGGGAGACGGUAUUGGUUGGAAUAAGAAAACCUGGUUGUCUCAAGAAAACUUUUUACAAAAAGAAAAAAAAAAAAUCUGUUUAUCUUGUGCCAUAAAGUUGUAGAGAUGAUCAGUUGCUUUUGUGAGAUGGAUUUUAACCUGCUGCCCAGUAAAGAGUCAUUUGAAUGGCACUUCCUUAGAGACAUUUUAGCAUAUGCUGGAAAUGUUCAGGCCUUGUGGAAUAUGUACAGAUUUUAAAGAAAAAACAAACAAAAAACAAAAAAAUAAACACCUUGUUGCUGAUUUAUGUUCAUUUCUUUCCCUGCACUUAUUUUCUUACAUCUGGGAUACAGUCUAACUCAUCUGAUUUAAUAUGCAUUUAAAUAAAAUGCCAUAAAUCAAUAAACCACCUUGUUUACAGACAGAUUAAAUAAAUUUAUUCCAACCA